CCUCCAAAAAGGCCAGGAUGUGGAACACAAAAGCCGGGAACCUCUGGGGCCGCAGCAUCCGCCCCGGCCCCUUCUUCCCAGCCCCCGCCGGUCCCGCGCGGGGCAGCGCCGCCCGCCGCCCGCGCAUGCGCCGGGGCCCGGCCCGCUCUCGGGAGCGUCAGGGGGGCUCGCGCCGCGCGGAGCCCCGCCCCCCGGCGCCGGAGGCGACCUGGGCGGGGGGCCUCGGGCCACGCCCCCAGCCGGGCCGAGCGGAGCCGAGCGUUUCCGAGCGCGGCCGAGCCGAGCCGAGCGGCCGGGAAUCGGUUGGUGCAGCUGCGUCCCCCGCCGCUCAGCAGUCUGCGGCCCCGCCGCCGCCGCCGCCGCCUCAGCGGGGCCUGCACCGGCCGUCCGGCCGGCCGGCCGCCGGGAGGGAGGCCCGGAGCGCGGGGAGAGCCGCCCGGCCGCCGCCGCCGCCGCUGCCAGGACUGAAUUGCAACUGCAGAAACAACAACAAGGGAACCUUUAAAGAUGCACACGGGACUGCAUAAAGUGGAGAGAGAUACUGGAGAAGCCAAUGAAGUAAGAAAAAAGCAUAUUUCCCAGGUUUAAUAGGGAAAACUUGCUUUCUGCAAACUGAAAAAGCUGCCUUUGGAAACCCUCUGGCCCUCAUGCAGCAGCUGGAACUUGCACUGUGAGGCCUUUGACAGGACAAGCUGCCCCCAAGCCAUCACCCGGAGCGGCUUCGCCAUGGCCAGCAAGCGGAAAUCCACCACCCCGUGCAUGAUCCCCGUGAAGACCGUGGUGCUGCCGGAAGCCGGUGCAGAGGCCCAGCCCGCGGAGGCUCUGCCCGAAGGCCCCCCGCCGGACCUGCCCCCAGAGGCGCCUGCCCCCAGCAGCGAGGUCGCCCAGGCCUCCAGCAGCACCGACAGCGCUGCGCUGGCCAACGGGCAUCCGAGCACUGUGGAUGGCUAUUUGUAUUCUUGUAAAUACUGUGAUUUCAGAUCCCAGGACAUUACCCAGUUUGUGGGACACAUGAACUCCGAGCACACAGACUUUAAUAUAGACCCGACCUUUGUAUGCAAUGAGUGCAGCUUUCUGGCAAAAACUCCUGAGGCGCUUUCUCUGCACAAUGCCAAGUGCCACCUGGGGGAAGCCAGCUUUCGGUGGAAUGUGGCCAAGCCAGACAAUCAUGUGAUCGUGGAGCAGAGCGUCCCUGAGAGCAGCAGUGCUCCUGACGCGCUGGGCGAGCCCAGCGCCGACGGGACCGAUGGACAAGCCGAAAUCAUCAUCACCAAAACUCCAAUCAUGAAGAUAAUGAAAGGCAAAGCUGAAGCCAAAAAAAUCCAUACGCUCAAGGAAAACGCCCCCAGUCAACCUGCCGGUGACACCUUACCGAACCCGCCAGCUGGGGAGGCAGACGCGAAGGAAGCGGACCAGUCCUCUGUCAAUGGGGCGGUUCCCGUCAGCCAGGCACCCACCAACCCGGCCAAGCCUCCCCACACGACCAACGGGCCCCUGCUGGGGACGGUGCCGGUUCUGCCGGCGGGGAUAGCACAGUUCCUCUCUCUCCAGCAGCAGCCCCCGGCACAUGCCCACCCCCACCCCCACCCCCACCAGCCACUGCCCACCUCCAAGUCCCUCCCCAAAGUGAUGAUCCCCUUGAGCAGCAUUCCAACGUACAAUGCAGCCAUGGACUCCAACAGCUUCCUGAAGAACUCUUUCCACAAGUUCCCCUACCCAACCAAAGCCGAGCUCUGCUACUUGACCGUGGUUACCAAGUAUCCAGAGGAGCAGCUCAAGAUCUGGUUCACAGCCCAGCGGCUGAAACAAGGCAUCAGCUGGUCCCCCGAGGAGAUCGAGGAUGCCCGGAAAAAGAUGUUCAACACGGUCAUCCAGUCCGUCCCGCAGCCCACAAUCACCGUUCUGAAUACUCCUCUGGUGGCCAACGCUGGCAACGUCCAGCAUCUCAUCCAGGCCGCCCUCCCGGGCCAUGUUGUGGGGCAGCCAGAGGGAGCGGCGGGGGGCCUUCUGGUCACUCAGCCGCUGCUGGCCAAUGGGUUGCAGGCACCAAGCGCGUCUCUCCCUCUGGCAGUGACGUCCAUCCCCAAGCAGCCAGCGGUGGCGCCCAUUAACACCGUGUGUUCCAACACAGCGUCAGCGGUGAAGGUGGUCAAUGCAGCUCAGUCGUUGCUCACAGCGUGCCCGAGCAUCACUUCCCAAGCCUUCCUUGACGCCAGCAUCUACAAAAACAAGAAAUCUCACGAACAGCUGUCAGCUCUGAAAGGCAGCUUCUGUCGGAACCAGUUCCCGGGACAGAGCGAAGUCGAGCAUCUGACCAAAGUGACCGGCCUGAGUACCAGGGAGGUGAGGAAGUGGUUCAGUGACCGGAGGUACCACUGCCGGAACCUGAAGGGCUCCCGCAUCAUGAUGCCCGGGGACCCCAGCUCCAUCCUCAUUGACUCUGUGCCAGAGGUGCCCUUCGCCCCAGUGUCCAAGGCCCCCGAGGUGACCUGCAUCCCCACGGCAGCCAUCCUGGCCACCCACCCUUCCGCCAAACGACAGUCCUGGCACCAGACCCCUGACUUCACACCAACCAAAUACAAGGAGCGCGCCCCCGAGCAGCUCCGCGCCCUGGAGAGCAGUUUUGCACAAAACCCGCUUCCUCUGGACGAGGAGCUGGACCGCCUGAGGACCGAAACCAAAAUGACCCGAAGGGAGAUCGACAGCUGGUUCUCUGAGCGACGGAGGAAGGUGAGCACCGAGGAGACCGCCAGGGCCGAUGGGAGCGCCUGUCAGGAGGAGGAGGCCGCCGGGGAGGAGGGGGGAGCGGAGGCUGCGGCCGGUGACCUGAGGGUCCCUGGGGAGAAUGGCUCCCCAGACGUGCCCAGCACCCACACCUUGUUUGAGCGCAAAGUCAGCCCCAUCAAGAUCAACCUGAAGAACCUGCGGGUCACCGAGGCCAACGGCAAGGGCGAGCUGCCCGGGCUGGGCGCCUGCGACCCUGACGACGACCCGUCCACCAAGCCGGCCCUGCAGCCGCCCGGCAAGGUGAGCUGCAAAAAGACGGCCCAGCAGCGGCACCUGCUGCGCCAGCUCUUCGUGCAGACGCAGUGGCCCAGCACCCAGGACUACGACUCCAUCAUGGCGCAGACAGGCCUGCCCCGGCCGGAGGUGGUGCGCUGGUUCGGGGACAGCAGGUACGCCCUCAAGAACGGCCAGCUCAAGUGGUACGAGGACUACAAGCGGGGCAACUUCCCCCCAGGGCUGCUGGUCAUCACCCCCGGCAACCGGGAGCUGCUGCAGGACUACUACGUGACGCACAAGACGCUGAACGAGGAGGACCUGCCGGGCCUCUGCGAGAAGACCCAGAUGAGCUCCCAGCAGGUCAAGCAGUGGUUUGCGGAGAAAAUGGGCGAGGAGACCCGGGCCGUGGCGGACACCGGCAGCGAGGACCAGGGCCCCGGCGAGCCUGCAGCUGUGCACAAGGGGCUGGGCGACACCUGCUCAGAGGUGUCCGAAAACAGUGAGUCGUGGGAGCCCAGUGCCCCUGAGGCCAGCUCGGAGCCCUGUGACAUACCAAGUCCCCAGGCUGAGAUGUGUCCGGUCCGUGGUCCUGUGUCCUCCUCUGACUCGGACCUCUGUGACAGGCUGCCUUCCGUGCACGUGGGCAUUGCUCUUUCCGGUUGUGUCUCGCCUUGCUCUGCACACCCUCUCCCGUGGCCUCCUGCUUGUGACGCCCUCUUUGGGCCCUAUUGCCUCGUCUUCCUUUUCUCGGACCAAAAUUGGGGAUUGGAGCAGCUUGUCAGUUCAGACCCCACACCCAGGUGGAGAAAGGCACUCUGCAGGAGAGGAGAAAAGCCAAGAAGAAAUCUUAAACCAAACCUGGAGUUUGGGCUUUUCCUCAAGUAUUCCCCCUUUCCCUUGCUCAGAAUUUUCCUGAGGUCAUUUGACUCACUUUUUGUACGAAAUUUAAAUUUUCAUGUAUCCCACUGCUUUGCAAAGCUCAGUUGUGUUGGAGAAAAGAAUCCUCUAGAUAUGCGAGGUCUGCACAGCCAGCAGUCAGCACGGGUCAGGUUAAUGGGGUUCAGUUCUCCUCCCUCUGCAGGACCCCUGGAUCGGCUUCCUCUGCUGCCUGCCCCUAGCACAGGCCUGCCCAGCCUGGGGGCCAUCUCCCUAUGGCUUGGGGAGCACCUUCCUCAGCAGGUCUCCAGCACCUGAGAAAGGGGGUGUGGAGCCCCAGCCUUCUCCUCACAGUCCCCUCCCUGAGCGAGGCUUCAGUCUGAGGAGCCCGCCUUGCUGGCCUCUCUGGCCCAUUUAUGGUAGCUGAGCCCUGUGACACCAGGGCUAAGGAGACUGGGCAACCUCUCAGCAAAGUGGUGGGUUUGGAUUUAGGCCGAGUGGAUGCAGGUAGCUCUCAUGGGUGCUGUUUGGCUUGCUCCCCAGCUCAGCUGUAAGUCCAGAGGCUUACAGUUCGAAUUCAUUUUGCUGGAAUCUCUAUGUAUCCCAAGUGCAGUCCCACUGGGGGCUCACCCCGGUUCUCCCUGGCUUGGCUGAGCAUCUACACGUAGUUGGGAGGAGCACAGACAGCAUUUGGCCCCAGCGAGUCUGCUUCUCUGGGUUCUUCAGUCCUGAGCUCACUUGUCGAAACUGGCUGUUCUGUGAUCUGCCUGCAAACCUGGCCUCUCCUUUGAGUGGGGCCCUAGUCCUUCACAGACUGGAGACAUGACAGCCUGGAUCCCCCAGGAACCAAGCAUUCUCCCUGCCCCCAAAUCUGGAGCAGGAGUAGGGACCCAAAGUCUGGGAUGGAUGAGGAGACCCUGGUUACCAUAUAGACAGGGCAAGCACCUGCAGCCAGGAGCUUAAAAAUGAGAUUUUAGUUUGCAGUUCUGCAAGGAUUCACAAAGAACAGGUAGUUCCUGCCUUGUUGCCAGCCCGAAGGCUCCCACAGCCCUCAGACCUGGUCACUGCUGUGCUCAGCCUGAGCCAGGCGCAGCGGAGGGAGGUGAGCACGGGGGGCUGUGGUCCCCUUCCCUCCUCUCCUCUCUCCUGCUGUCCACCAGGGGCGGGCGGUGAACCAGGCUCCUGAGAGGGAGUGUUCGCCUGUCUUUGUGCCUCUUCAGGAGACGGCUCUGAUGGUGUGUGUGGGCCUGUGAGCACUUGAGUGUGUCAGUAGCUUCUCUUUGCUAGUGCUCUGUAACUCCUGUUCUUCCCAUGAUGAAUGAGGGUUUAAAAGUGCUCAGUGUAGCUGGGGCUGCAGUGAACUGUUCGGGAUGACACAGGCUGUGCAGACACUGUCCAUAAAAAGCUCCAUCUUCCCCAGGAGUCACACUCCGGAUAGACUGUUCGGGUAAGAAUCUACCCACAGGUCCAUGCUAGUCCUGAGAGAAGGCCACUUGCCCGUGGCUCCUGCCCAUACAGCUGUCUCAGUCCUGCAGUUUACUGGAGCCCAGGUUCCCCAGAGCCAGGAGGGGGCCUGCCCCCGCCCUGCCCCCAGCAGGGUCGUCACUGUGCAGUGAAGCCGGCCAGUGCCAGGGGAGGUGAGCACUGUGCGGAGGAGGCUGCUGGUUUCUGCGCAGCUGCCUUGCCAGCUGUGUCAGGAGGGCCAUAGUGUAAAGAGAAAACACGCCACCCUUCCCCCCUGUCCUCCGGCCAUUGUUUGUUGAGUUCACUGAGCACAGUCUCUCUGGAACUCAGGGAGUUUGCCAAAGGCCUGCAGAUUCCUUCCCGAUGGUCCUGCUUCCUGGCUUCCACCACCGGGCAGAUUCUGGGCUCAGUACAAACCCUUUGUUCCAGAGGGCUGCUGAGGGGGGGGCUGUUGACCAGUGCUCUGGGUUCGCUUCCUGUCUCCCAGAGAUGGCUGCAGAAGUGAUCACCGUGGUGCUAAGAGGCAGCUGCCGUUCCUGUUUGUCUGGAGGCAGAUGAAAACGCUACCUUACCGUGUAGGGGGUCCCACCUCCCGCGGUGGCCCCUGUGAGCGCGCCGAGGGGCGCCUUGUGGCUUUGUCCUUGGCCUGUGGAAGGGGGUUCUGCCACAGGGGCAUGCUUAACAGGUGGUAACUUGCCUUGGGACCAUGGCUGUGCCGAGGCAAGGCUGGCACUGGGCCGUCUCCAGGCUCACCAAGGUCCCUGUCGGGCUGCUGCUAUUUCUAAGAUGCAAAUUGCACAUUUCCUAGGUUUUGUAUCCGUGGACGUGGAUAAGAGAAGGCAACAGGGAAAAACUUCUUGUACAAUUUGAAAUGGGCCGAAAUGGUACUUCAACUCUUUCAAUUGUCCCUAAAUAAAAACUUAAAUACA